AGGGGGUGUUGGGGAGCAGGCGGAGGAGGAGGAGGAGGAGGAGGAGAGAGUCCUAAUAUAUUAUGCCCAAUGUACUUUCACGGCCCCCCAACAUCCAGGAGCACAAAUAAAGUGGAGUGGCGAGGAGUGAUUGGUGGACUGGGUGAGCGGUGUGUUUCCGACGGCCGCGAAGAAAGCCAUCCCUUUCGUAUCCGGAUUUGCAUCGGGAUGCUUAAACAGGGGCUGGGCGGUGUGCAAUAGGUGCAGACCGAUUUGUAACAUUACAGUACCGGUGGUAGUGGUGGUGGUGGUGGUGGCGAGGUGUUGGAACAGGCAGAAAUUGGGGGUGCACACCCAAAUAGGAGAAGCGGUAACACGAGCAGCAGCCAUCUCACCCAAGGUGGGGGAGCGGGACCCGUAAUCAUUCAAAAGGACGGACGAGAGCUACCGAGGAUAAGCAGGACAGGGCCAGGGUAUCCUAUGUUUUUGGCGAUCGCGGCUUGCGGGAACAUACCAUUCAUAGCGCUCUCCUUUCUCCGUGAUGAUAAUGGAUGCCGUAUACAUUCCUUAACUAUCAGCAGCACCGGUGCAUCCCAGGAGAGAAAAAUACAGCCUUGGAAUUCAAUUUAGCAAUAUCCCCGGUUAUUUUGACACUUGAUGGUGACUUUAAUCCCUGCCUGUUUGACGUGGGGGAGGAGGCAGACGCACGCCAUGUCAGUACGAUGCUACCGGAGCAAACUCUCGGUGUGGGCCGCCCUGUGCGUGCUGGUGCUGUGCUGGUUCUACGUGUUCCCGGUAUACCGACUGCCAAGCUACGAGGAGAUCGUGGACGAGGUGUCGAGAAAGGGUCACGUCUGGCAGAAGAAUGACACGGGGAUCCACGUUUACAGGAAGCUGCUGAAGGAAUGCUGCGACCCGUUGAGGAUGUUCGCGGUGACCAAGGAGAACUCGCCCAUGGGGAAGGUGCUGUGGUACGACGGAGAGCUGUACCACUCGCACACGGUCAGCAACGAGACCUUCCCGCUGUUUGUGCAGGAGCCCCCCCUGCGCCGGCCUCUGAAGAGGUGUGUUGUGGUGGGCAACGGGGGAGUCCUCAGACACAGCGGCUGUGGACCGGAGAUUGACAACGCUGACUUUGUCAUGCGGUGUAACCUCCCUCCACUCUCUAAGAAGUACACGGAGGACGUGGGCAUUCGAACGCACCUGGUCACUGCCAACCCCAGCAUCAUAGAGAAAAGGUUCCAGGGGCUCCAGUGGUCGCGCCGGGCCUUCGUCGACAGCAUGCGGGCGUACGGCUCCAGCUACGUUUACAUGCCGGCCUUCUCCAUGCGGCCGGGCACGGAGCCGUCGCUGCGCGCCUACCACGCGCUGGCCGACGCCUCUUCCAACCUCACCAUGCUCUUCGCCAACCCCGACUUCCUGCGCAGCGUGGGCGCCUUCUGGAAGGGCCGGGGCGUCCACGCGCGGCGCCUCUCCACGGGGCUGUUCCUGGUCAGCCUCGCGCUGGGCGUGUGCGAGGAGGUGACGACCUACGGCUUCUGGCCCUUCGACACGGCGCCGGGCCCCCCCCAGAGCCCCGUCAGCCACCACUACUACGACAACAUCCUGCCCUACAAGUGGUUCCACGCCAUGCCCGAGGAGUUCCUGCAGCUGUGGCGCCUGCACACCAGCGGCACGCUGCGCAUGCACGUGGGGGCGUGCCCGCCGCGGGGGGGGGGGCCCGGGGGGGUAGGGGGCCGCUCAGAGCCAGGACCUGUGGGGGGGGGGGGGGGGGGGGGACACAACACACACACACACACACACACUGGCUCUCCCACACAUGCAUGGUCGUGUGAACGAACAUACGCACUCACACACACAGAAGAAAUCGGCUCCAAUGCAUUCAAAUACAUACACAUGCACAUGCACAUGCACAGUAAAAGAACCCGUGACGUGAACCUGCCCCACUCCUUAUGGCUGAUGGAAUGCAGGAAUGCGGCUCCAACACGUAUGUUGGGUUACUGACUGACUUUUGGUGUGUCCAUACCGUACAUGUGUGUGUAUUUGUACGACAAUAUACGACAUGAAUUGUAUGUUUGUGCGGGUGCUUGCAUGUGUGCAUGGGUGUGUGUGUGUGUGUUAGUGUGCGCGUGUGUAUGUGUCAGUGUGUGUAUGUGGGCUAAUGUGUUGGGGCUCUAAAAGGUAUGGGGGGGGGGGGGGGGGGUCCUGGAUGAAUGAGGGGGAGGGGGAGGGGAACGAAUAUGUGGUGUGCACAAACUACAGAAGUGACUGAAAACUAGGACCCCCCCCUCCCCUCAAACCCAUAAUCUUCCAGCGACAGAGCGAUCAGGGGGGACCCAGCCCCUUGAUAAAGCCCUGUAGCACCCAUACGGUGGGACAUGCUGGAAAUGUAGAUAAAAGAGGUUAAACGCCUUGGUUCUAUAGACGGUGAGACGGCCACACGUACAUGUACAGUCAGAAGCAUGCACAGAGCCACACUGAAGUACCGCCAGCUAUGGGACAACCCAGCCCCAGCCACCAUACUGAUUCCCUUUUAAUUGUACGACUAACAAAGACACUCGAUUUAGAAGUGCCCCAAAGCAGGGAGCCCGUAGCCGUUCACUCGGGGAGGGGGGAGGGAUGGGUGUGGGGGGGGGGG